GUAAGGAAGGCGGAGCUUAGCGCUUCUACCAGGAAGUACGCGUUGUUUUCGUUUCACGGGCAAGGGUCUUCAGCAGGAGGCAAAUGGGGGACGAGGAGAAAAACACAGCCUAUUCCACUUCCGAUGCGUUAAAUCCAGUGUUGCGGAUCAGCCAGCUCGACGCACUGGAGCUGGACUCUUCCCUGGAGGAGCUGAUGUGGUCCCAGUUCUCCCAGUGCUUCCAGAAUUUCCGACCGGGCCUCCUCACCCCCGCCGAGCCCGAGCUGAGAGCCCUCCUCCACCUGCUCUUGUGGAAGUUCACCCUCUUUCCCAACAGCGCCACAGUGGGACAAUCUAUUCUUAAUGUGCGCUACCACAGCUCACUCUCUGCCUCUCCGCGCUACCGGCCCCUGUCCCGGAGGCAGAAGCUGGGGUUGGCCUUUCUCUCCGCAGGGCCCCGCUGGCUCCAAGAACGCUCACAUAAUUUGUUGGUUGCUUUAGGAUUGGGUCCCGGAGGAUCGCAGAGAGACGCGGUCAAAAAUGGACUAAGAAACUGCUUCUCUUUCGUAUCCAGUGUCAUCCAGUUUGCCAGUCUUUUCAACUUUUUGGUGUUUUUGCAAAAGGGGCAGCAUCCAGUCUUGGCUGAGAGGAUUGUAGGGGCUAGGGCUGUCUUUUGCAAACCAAAUGUUGUACGCGACAUUUCCUACCAGUACAUGAACCGUGAGCUGCUAUGGCAUGGCUUUGCAGAAUUCCUCAUAUACUUUCUACCAUUGAUAAAUACACACAAAAUUAAAUCAACAGUCUAUUCUGCUAUUUUUGGUAGAAUGAUGAAUAAGGAUGAAAGUACGGGCGGAGAGGUGGAGUGGAGAAAGUGUGGGUUUUGUGGAGAAUGGCCCACGAUGCCUCACAGUGUUGGGUGCAGGCACGUUUUCUGUUACUACUGCGUCAAAAGUCACAGCAUCGCAGACGCUUCCCUCACCUGUCCCAAAUGUGGAGCCGAAGCGGGGCAGCCCACACCCGUCGUCAUGGAGGUGGAAGAACGGUGAUGCGCACAGUGUAGGAGGCAGUUUAGACGAGGAAGCUAUUUUGGAGAGAUGCCUCAUGCUGAAUGAAAAAUAACAAUGCUUAACAGACACAGAUAUAAAUUAUAGUCAUGGAAGGGAAAUGCCUGGUAUUACUUGAUGUGAGUUGGCAUAUUUGAUUUUGAUUUGAUUUGACUUUUUGUAAUAGCUUAUGAAAACAAUUAUGAUUAAUCUAGAAUAUUCCACAAUAUGGCAUUCAACAAGACACUAACAGGCCAACAAGUUACAAGUCAGAUAUGGGUAGAUUCACCUGAUUUUCAAGGUAUUUUUAUAAGAAAAAACACCUGCAAUUAUAUAAAUGCAAAAUACUGUCAUUACAUUUAUUGCCAUAGUGUGGAAUUUUUUUUUUUACAUAUACGGGUUAGAUUUUUCUAUAAAGUACUUUUUUUCCUUAAAAUGAAAAAUGUACAUUUGUAAACAAAGCACAAAUGGAUUAUGUAUAUAAGAGUGUAUUAGUGCCUGAGCUCAUUGACCUUGUGUUUAAUGUAUGUGGGCAUAUUGACUGUCUGGCUGUAUAUUUGUGAGGCCGGACUUUGGACAGAUGUUAGUCCAGAGCUCAAUGGACACUGCGGCGGACCAGACCCUGCUCAUAUUUGACGAGUGAACUUGUUGAUUUAUGCUUCAAAUUUGCUCUCUGUGUGCUUGUGUGUGUGUUUGUUGAAAUGGGAAUAUUUGUUCUGAUGAAAAAUGCAGAAAGUCGACUGAAUAAAUAAUGGGGCGGAAUUUCUGAUGCCUCUCAUCAUGACCGAA